AUGUCUGAUCCAAGUGCCCGCAUCAUUUCUCACAUGAACGAGGACCAUCAACUCGCAUUACGCGACUAUGUUGUCGUAUACGGCUCCGUUGAUCCAAGAUACUUGGUUGAAGACUCGGUUGGAAUCAAGGAAGUUGACACUGAGAAAAUCAUUAUCCAGUACGAUGUGAUCAAUCCAUCUUCGACAAAUAAAUUGAAGCUCAAUUGGAAGGAUAUUAAAGAGAACAAAAAUUUACAAGUCAAGUCUUUCUCCGACAUCAAGUCUAAACUCAUUGCAAUGGCCAAAUACAGUGCUGAAAAACAAGGGUUUGCCGAAAAGAAGUUGACUAAGCUUUUUGGACCCGAUUCUAUUGGCUUCCCCAUGUACCCUAUGUGGGUUAUUUUGUUGCUCAAUGCGUACAACCCUGCCAUUUUGAGGACCUUUUUCAACAACACUGAAUUGCUCAAGAAGGCGGCUGAGUACUUACCCACUGUUGCGUUUACAAUUUACAAUUGGUCCGAAUUACAUGCAUUGAACCUUUGUAUUGGCUUGUUUUUUGUCCACUUGGGAGAAGUGCUUUUUGUAUCAAGGCCAUUAUUGAGAAAGUACAGAGCCUCAGCUGGAUUAAGAUGGGGAUACUAUUUGAUCAAUUUAAUCGAAGGUUUCCCAGUCUUGCUUAGGUUGAGAAAGCAUACUUAG